AAACAAUUUCCUUUCACCGAGUAUUUUAGAUCACAUGAUCAAUUCACCCAACAGCAAACAUUAAUUAUCCAAAACAUCAACAAUAUUUAGAAAUCUAUUUAUAUUCAAGAUGCAAUCGAUCAGUAUGAAUCGUUACAAUAUUUACUCCCCUGUUGAUACUCACAACAUUGCUACGUUCACUUCAUUAACAGUCUGUAAAAAUUCCUGCCAUUGAAUGCUAAAAUGAAGAGAAGAAGUGUGGGAGAAAGUGAUAAUGUAGCAAAACGUAAAAACAACAAGCAUGCCUUUGAGAUUUCUAAAGCAUCUCCAUGUGAAGUCCAUAAACCAUUGCCAACUUCAAGAAGAGGAGUUAAACGAGCUGGUCCUUAUUUGUUAGGACCUCGGCUAGGUUCAUCUCCAGUUCGAAGCAUUGUUCAGUGUCUUGCAAGAAAAGAAGGCACAAAUGAAUUUUAUACCUUAAAGAUAUUAACAAUGGAAGAUUCAGAGCAUGCUAACCAAGAUGACCAUCAAGGUAAAAUGUUAAUGCAUACAGAAUAUUCACUGCUUUCACUACUACACAACCAAGAUGGUGUUGUACAUCAUCAUGGAUUGUUCAAAGACCAAGCACAUGAAGAAAAGGAUACUCUGAACUCCAAUGGCUGUAUUGAAUAUACUGGAAGAAUCCGCAAUCGUCUCUGUUUAGUUUUAGAUUGUCUUAUUCCCCACGAUUUUAGUAGUAAAACAUCUGAUCUCAUAAAUCUUCAGCAUUAUGUGAUCAAAGAGAAGAAACUUAGUGAAAAAGAAGCUGUCAUAAUUUUUGCUGAUAUCGUGAGAAUUGUUGAAAGUUUACACAAAAAAAAUAUCGUCCAUCGUGAUUUAAAACUUGGAAACAUAGUGUUGAACAAACGAUCAAGAAGAGUUACUAUCACUAACUUUUGUCUUGGAAAACACUUGGUGUCCGAAAAAGAUUUGUUAAAAGAUCAGCGAGGAAGUCCUGCUUAUAUAAGCCCUGAUGUGUUGAGUGGUAAACCGUAUUUAGGAAAACCAAGUGAUAUGUGGGCUCUUGGAGUAGUUCUAUUCACUAUGAUUUAUGGACAGUUCCCAUUCUAUGACAGUGCACCUCAAGAAUUAUUUCGAAAGAUUAAAGUAGCUGAAUAUAGUAUACCAUCGGACAACAAUAUAUCUCAAGACACAAUUUUAGUGAUAAGGAAACUUUUAAUUCUUGACCCCAAUACAAGACUUGCAGCUACAGAAGUUCUUGAUACGUUGGCUGUUAUUAUAGCCAAUUGGAGAGCAAUGUCCAGUCGUGCUUUGCCUUUUCAUACAGUGCCUGAUAUUGAUGAUGAAGAAUCAAAAGAGCCAGAUGUGAGUUUAGACAAUUCGACAAAUUCUUCAAAUGGAACUGACCCAGAACUUAAGAAAUCACAAAAGCCAACUGUAGAUGUAAAUUGGAAGCCAACAUCAGUGCCUGAAAAUAUGCAUCAUAGACUUAAUCGAUUAAAUAAUUUAACUAACCAGUCUACUAGCCCAGAAUCUCAUUCUGCUUUUGAUGCUUAUGUGCCAUUCCGUCAUUAUCAAUCUAUAUGAACCAUUUUUGGAAACCUGUCCUAUUUAAUUUACCCAAACGAAACAAAAUAAAUACUUAGUUUUUAGAAAAUAUUUUAUACACAACCAAA